UUAAUCUAAAAUUCGAAAAAUUUCAGUAUGUUCGGCUUUGAUAUAGCCGGCACUUCUGUUCAGUUCACCACUCAGAAUUUGUUUCGUUCUAUUGUAAUUUUAUUUCCUCCUGCACCAGAAGUUUGUUCUCGGAUUUGUCGACAGGGAUUUGAAGAUGCACUUCGUUUCCUGACCAAAAAUCAUCUCGUUCCAUGUAUUGAAUGUUUAACAGUCCAAUCAAACGCAAUUCCAGUUCCAUCAACCCCAACACAAAAUAUAAUUACCAAAAAAUCUUUACCAACACCAACAACUGAACCUUUUCUAAAAAGUAAUAGAAUAAGAAUUUUGCAAAAGCAACGGGCUAAUAGUGCUAGUCCUGUUAAUAGAAGAAGAUCAAAUGGUUGUGAAUUAUGUCUUGGACCGUUAGGACGUAUUGCCUCCUCUAGUUUUUCGUCUAUCCCGUUGCCGUCAGUAGUCCAGAAAACUCUAACCGAUAUGGAAACUCGAAGUGCUGCUGGCUUACUUAGUUGGCUGCGACGUUGGCGUUUGAUUAGGUGGUGGUUAAGGUUAAUCCUUCCUCCAAUUAUGUUGCCAUUUGAAUUAAUGCAAUUUGCAUUGAGAAAACUUCGUGCACGAAUUAAAAAAAGUAUUUUGGCCCCAACAGAAGCUAUCCUUCUCCGUUUCCAACACUUGAUAGAUUUUAUUCUCCAACAAAUUGAGAAUAAAUAUAUUGCCCCCUCUGCUGUAAUAGCUGUUGGUUCCCCUUCAUUAAUACAAAUUACGGAAUCACAAAAAAUAAAUGAAAUUAAAAAUGAGAGAAAGAAGUCUAUAGCUUCUUUACAAAGAAAAAUUUCUGCUUCAAUAGAACCUUUAGAUUUGGCAAUUGAUAAUUAUAAAAAUGUUGAUAGAGGAAAUAAAAAGGUUAUUGAAGAGGAUGAGGUAGAGAAUGGAACUGGAAAUGUAUUGCAAAAAUUGCUCAAAAUCUGUCAAAUUUUCGAUACUAGUUCAAAACAUUUACACGAACAACAAAACCACCAUUGCCCUAACGGUAUUAUAAGCUCACAUUCAAAAUAUGAAGGGUCUUUGUUUGAUACAGAGGAACAAAAAGGAGGAGAAGAUUCGGGACUUUCCUUAGCUGAAGAUGAAGUUUGUGAAGAUGAUAAUGAAAAGAGAAAAAUACAAAUUUAUUUAAAAAAGAAUAAAAAACGGAUUUAA